AGUUUCUGCAAUAGUCCAAUUUCCAUUUCACACAUUAUCAGAAGAAAAAAAAAAAAAAAAAAAAAAACCCAUAUAUACAUACAAUCUCCUCAUUCCAUUACAAACCAAUCUGCCAUUUCCAAACUUCCGAGAACACAAACAAACAUGUUGAUAGCCAUUCUUCCAAGUCGUCUGAUUCUUACAUUAUCAUUACUAUCUGUCGUGAUUCAGACAUCCUCUGGAUUGAACAUCACUAGAUCAAGCUUUCCAAAGGGCUUCGUUUUUGGCACAGCUUCUUCUGCCUAUCAGUAUGAAGGAGCAGUUAAGGAAGAUGGUAGGGGUCAGACAAUUUGGGACACAUUUGCACAUUCUUUUGGUAAAGUUCUUGAUUUAAGCAACGCAGAUGUUGCUACGGAUCAUUACCAUCACUAUCCAGAAGAUAUACAGCUCAUGAAGGACUUGGGAAUGGAUGCCUACAGAUUCUCCAUUGCCUGGUCAAGAAUCUAUCCUAACGGGACGGGAGCGAUCAACAAAGCCGGGAUCGAUCAUUACAACGGGCUCAUCAACUCCUUGAUCGCCAACGGAAUCGAACCUUACGUGACGAUCUAUCAUUGGGACCUUCCGCAAGGGCUCGAAGACAAGUACAACGGAUGGCUCAGCCCUCGGAGCAUACAAGACUUUACCUUGUACGCCGAGACGUGUUUUAAGGAGUUCGGAGACAGGGUUAAGCAUUGGAUCACGUUCAACGAGCCCCAUACGUUCGCCGUCGAAGGCUACGAUGCCGGAAUUCAGGCGCCCAGUCGGUGCUCGACUCGAUUAAUUUGCGGUGCGGGGGACUCUUCGACCGAGCCUUAUAUAGUCGGACAUAACGUGCUUCUUACACACGCUGCCGUCGUAGAUCUUUACAGGAAGAAAUACGAGGCAUCGCAACGCGGAUCGAUCGGGAUAUCGCUUGACACGUUUUGGUACGAGCCCGCUUCGAAUACGACGGCUGCUAUUGAGGCCACGCAAAGAGCCAUAGAUUUUAACCUUGGAUGGUUUCUUGAGCCGUUGAUCACCGGGGACUACCCGAGCACGAUGAGAACCCGAGUCGGGAACCGGCUGCCUAAGUUUUCCCCGGAUCAGUCCCGACUGGUGAAGGGCUCGUACGACUUCAUCGGAAUUAAUCACUACACGACAUGGUUUGCCAACGACGCCAACAAAGGCGGUGGCGGCUCUGUCGCCGACUCCGGCGCCUUUACUCUUCCGAUCGCGAUAGGGAAGCCUGUCCCGGAGAGGGCAAACUCGAUAUGGCUUUUCAUCGUACCACACGGCAUGCGGAGCCUAAUGAACUACAUCAAACACAAGUACGGGAAUCCUCCGGUGAUCAUCACCGAGAACGGAAUGGAUGAUCCGAACAACCCCUUGACGCCGAUCAAGGAUGCCCUAAAGGACGAGAAGCGAAUCCGGUAUCACAACGGUUACCUCACAAAUCUAUUGGCAGCCAUCAAAGAGGACGGGUGCAAUGUGGGAGGCUACUUCGCGUGGUCGCUCCUCGACAACUGGGAAUGGACGGCCGGAUACACUUCCCGGUUUGGGCUGUACUAUGUCGACUUCAACGACAAAUCAAGGAAGAGAUAUCCCAAGAACUCAGUCAUGUGGUUCAAGAACUUCUUGGCUUCUUGAUCUUGAUCACUUCCUACAUGGAGAUCAAGAUCGAUGAUAUACAACAACAUUCACACAAAAAUAUUUCAAUAGUUUUGGAAAAUGUCGUGAACUACAUUUAAUAUGAUCGAUUAAUUGUGUUUUUAUCAUA